AUGGAUCGAUUCAAGUCCGCAUCCUCUGCUGAAAACUCAAGAGGGGCGACUCCCGUCAACUCUCGUUUCACAUCCCAGGCUGCCACUGCGGAGGACCUGCUCAAAGAGCAAACGGUUGGCCUGGUCCAACUCGAUGACUUCCGCAAAAGGCGCGCCGAAGCCUUGGAACGCAGAGAGCGCGAGGGAUCAGCUGGUACCUCCGGUGCUACGACACCCAUAGACGGUGUUUCCACCGCCCAGCCGGCUUUCAAGAAGAGGAAGAAGAUAGCCAACAAAGGCAAACUGUCUUUUGCUGUCGACGAAGAAGAAGAUGCAGGAUCCAGUGCGUCCGCCGCUCCCACACCGCUGAGCGGUAAAUCCGCGAAGACAUCCGCCGUCAACUCGGAAGACGAAACCAGAAUACCCAAGAAGAAGCUUGAGGCCAAUACGAAUGUGGGCCUCAAACCCAGAGUCAUGACCAAGUCGGCUCUGGCGCGUGAGGCACAGCAGGCCGAGCUGGCACGAAGAGACUUCCUCGCGCGACGGGAUGCGGUCAAGGCCACCGACAUCAGCAUACCAUUCGUUUUCUAUGAUGGGACCAAUAUUCCGGGUGGGCGAUGUCGAGUGAAGAAGGGAGAUAAUAUAUGGCUCUUCCUAGACAAGGCGCGGAAGGUGGGCGCAGAACUUGGUGUAGGUGGAGAUAAAGGCAAGAGAGAGUGGGCAAGAGUCAGCAUAGACGACUUGAUGCUCGUGCGAGGAGAGGUCAUUUUACCGCAUCACUAUGAUUUUUACUACUUCAUCUUCAAUAAAGUCGCCGGCUUCAACGGGCCGCUGUUCAACUACUCCGCAGAAGCCACCAAGGCUACACCUUCAACGAGCGAGACCAGUGCAACCGAAGCUACUGAGUACAAUCCCCUCGAGAGGCACGGGACGGAUAAGGACAAGGCAGCAGCGGUUCCAGAGGAGGAGCUGGAAGGAUACAAUGAGGAUGCGACGAUGACCAAGGUGGUGGACAGAAGAUGGUACGAACGCAACAAGCACAUUUUCCCUGCCAGUGUCUGGGAAGAAUACACUCCGGAGAAGGACCUGUCCAAGGCAAAGCGCAAGGACGCGGAAGGGAACGCAUUCUUCUUCUCGUAA